CCCGAAUAUCCGAGGAACGAACCAAGAGUCAUGGAUGUCUUUGGCAGCAAAUUGGUUGAAGCGCUCUCCGUCUAUCAUGCUUCCUGGCUGCUUGGUUUAAGCGUCACAGUAGCGGUAGCGAUCGCAAUCAAAAUGUCCUCCAAUCAAAAAAGUCGCUCGCCUCUGCACCGAAAGUUUUCUUUCACAUCCGUCGGAAUGGCCAUCGGAAUCUUCCCCGAAUCGGUCAAAGCUCCCACAACAAUCAUCAACGCGGCAAUCUACUUUUCAACAUGUCCCGCGGAGAAGGAUCUCAUUGAACUGGCGGUAAAACCUAUGCUUGCUUUCACGCGACUGUCAACGAUUCCUGUCCCGGAAACGGCCAACUGCCGACCUUCCACGCGGUCUUUUGCGCCAUCGGAACUCAUUCGGAAGGUUGAAAUAUCAGGUAAAUGCAUCAAGUCGACAAAUGAUGUCAUAUUUAAGCACCUGCAAGAGUCGCUCUCGACAGAGCGAGACGAUUUGCCGUGGUGGGAGUUUCUAGUGGUCGAAAACGUUGGCGAGGGCGAGUCUGCCGUCGUUCUACGGAUGCACCACGCCCUAGCGGAUGGUAUUUCGCUAGUACACGUUUUUGAAAAGUUCAUAACCUACGAAGAUGGUUCGCCGGUUUUGUCCAUUAUUCUGUCCAACAUGGCGCAGAAGAGCAAAGUCGAGAAAACGCACAAAACAAAUCCCUUCCGCCUUGCUUGGAUGCUUGUCCGAGAUGCUACCAAGGUCCUCACGUUGGGUCUUUCGCGUUCGGACGAUCCCACUAUCUUUACCGAACCGAAUCAGACGUAUGUGCAUUCGCAGCAUCGAGAAUGUGUGGUUUUCCCAACGUUUUCAUUGGCCUUCGUUAAGCGGCUGAAAACAGCAGCCAACGUGACCGUUAACGAUAUUCUCAUGACCGCGGUCAGCCAAGCGGUACACGAGUACUGCCGAGCUGAAUCCUGCUCGGUCUUGAUGGGAAAAGGAGCAUCGCUUCAGUCACGUGCAUUAUUGCCGAUAGCGUUGCCGCGAUCCGCGUCAGACUUGGAACAUCCUUCCACGGCUUUGCGCAACAAGUGGUGUCUUGUUUCGGCAAAUAUGAGCAUUGGCUGUGUCGACCUAGUGGAUCGUCUUAAUUCGAUCCACCAGACUACUGUUCACUUAAAAGGAAGCCCAAUUGCCAUGGUCCAACUCAGUCUGCAAAACAAAUUGGCAAGUCGAUUGCCUAAAAUAGUCGCUCGACAAACCAUGCUGGACAUUUUUCGAAGGCAUUCGCUUGUCUUUUCCAACGUUCCCGGCCCAGAUCGUCCGUGUCAAUUGGCCGGGCAAACAGCCACUGGAGUACAAAUGUUCUAUAGCAACCUGAUUCCUCAAGUUGGAUUGCUGUCGUACGCCGGGAACAUUUACGGUAAUAUAGUCCUAGACACUGGUGCCGUGCCCAACGCUGAAUCUUUGGCUGGCCAUUACGCAAAGGCGCUUGUCGACAUGGCGACCCUGCUCAACGUCGACAAAAUUCCAACGAAUUUACAGUCGUACUUCUAA